AUGUCGACGACCAUCCUUUCGACCAGAGCAAUGUCGACCGCGCCCGAGACCAGAGCAAGCAUGACGCUGACGGCGGUGGCCGAAGUGGUCGACGUGGCGGACGAGACGGGAGCCGUUGCCUCGACGGGGCAGUGCUCCCAGUGCGGCUCCUUCGUGCACGUCGCGCGACUGGGCAGCGGCCACGACCACGGCCACGACCACGACAGCAUGGACAGCAAGCAGCAGCUGGCAGACGAGCUGAAGCAGGCACGCCUCCAGAUCCGAGACCUAGAGGCUCAAUUGCGGCUGCUGAACGAGAGGACGGCAGAGGUAACCGGCCGCUGGGCCGACGGCGAGGAGGAGCUGGCGAGACUGCGACGACGGCCGAGCGUGCCAGCAGCAGGAGCUGCCGUGCCACCGCCACCGACAGUGCGCUCAUCCUUUCUGCCAGCCGGUGCGGCCAGCCGGCUCUCCGCGCUGCUGUCGCCGCGAACGGCCAAGUCGACGCCGAACCUGAAAAAGGCAGCCGACAUUGCAGCAGCGGCCGCGACGACGCCGCCACCACCACCGCGGCGACCGACGGCACCCGGGACGCCGCCACCGUCGGCCACGGCCACGGCCUACUCGCACUCGUACAAGUCGUCCUUCUCGACGGCCGCGUCGUCGUCGCCGAGCGUGCAGACGACCGCAGCGGCGGCAGCAGCAGCAGCAGCAGCAGCGUCGGCAGCGGCAGCAUCGUCGAUGCAGGCGCUCCUGGCAUCGCUCUCGCACGAGAAGACGCUCCGACGACAGGCCGAAAGCCGGCUGCAGAACACGAGCCGCGAGGUGGAGGAGCUGAGCGUGUCGCUGUUCGAGCAGGCCAACGAGAUGGUGGCCGAGGAGCGGCGGCAGCGGGCUCGGCUGGAAGAGCGCGUGGCCGUGCUGGAGCAGCGGGAUGCCGACAAGCGCAAGCGGCUGGACCGCCUGGAACAGGCGGUCGGACGCAUCGACCGCGUGCGGGCCUUGUUGGCACAGGCAGAGGAGAAGGCGGCCCAGAGGGCGGCCGAGAUCGCUGCCGGUGAGGACAUGCUGGACGAGGAAGGACGGACGGCCGAAGAGAUGAUGGAAGAGACGAGGACAGAGGCCACAGACACGGCCAGCGACUAUGGCGAUGCCAGCUUCACCCAAGAGGCCCAGUCUACCGAGCUCACUGAAAUCACCGAAAUCACCGAACUUGCCGAAACACUAGAAGUCGCACGUGACACUCGUGUCUUGGUGGCAUGA